UCCAUAUUUUAUCACCUUUUCUUUGAUUCUUCCCCCCCCCCUCUCUCUCUCUCUCUCUCUCUCUCUCUCUAUAUCUCCCAUGGCAGAAAAACAACCCCAAUUGAACGGAGCAUAUUAUGGCCCAGCAAUCCCACCCUCAAACACCUACCACCGCCCUGGCCGUAGCUCUGGCUGCGGAUGUGGCUGCUGCCUCUUGAGCUGCCUUCUCAAGAUCAUCAUCACCAUCGUGGUGGUCGUCGGCCUCGCUGUUUUAAUUUUCUGGCUCAUAGUUCGCCCUAACAAGGUCAAGUUUCACGUCACAGACGCUACUCUCUCUGAGUUCAACUUCGCCACCAAUAACACUCUCUAUUAUAACCUAUCCCUGAACAUCUCAGUCCGCAACCCUAACAAGAAGAUUGGAAUCUAUUAUGAUAGUAUAGACGCCAGAGCCUUUUACGGGGACCAGAGAUUCGGUAACGAUAGCUUGACUCCAUUUUACCAGGGACACAAGAACACAAGCAUUCUCACCCCCGCAUUCCAAGGCCAAGAAGUGAUGCCUCUUGGUGAAGGGCUUACACAGUUUAAACAAGAAACGACUACUGGGGUUUAUAGCAUCGACGUGAAGCUUUACUUGAGGAUUAGAUUCAAGGUGGGUAAGAUCAAGACUGGCAAAUUCAAGCCCAAGAUUGAGUGCGACUUGAAGGUUCCUUUAAGCGCAAAUGGUACAGUGACUACUCCUAUCGAGACUACCAAAUGCGACUUGGAUUACUGAUCAUGUUCAUCAUCGAUUUCUUGUUCUUGUUUGAUUGAGUCUUUGAUCAGUUUCUUGUAUCGUUAUUCUUUAGUGUUUUUUUUUUUUUUUUUUUGCCCUUUCUUGUUUAUUCUUCCACGGAUAUACAUGGAGAUUACUGUAUAAUUAUUUAAUUUCAUAGUUGAGGUAUAUAAACAAAUAAAUAAUAUGUUAUUCUUGUUUUGUUA